AUGCAGCUCACCGCCCUCAUCCCCGUGCUUGCCCUCCUCGCCACCCCCGCCCUCGCGCGAUCCUCUCUCCACCCCCAAGCCGCUGCCCACCGACGAGCCGUCGGCCAGCACGAGCGUAUCGCCGGUGCCGUCGAGCAGCGACGUGACGAGCUUGCUGCGGCCAACCCUCGAGCCCUCGCCGAGAAGCCCAAGGUCCAGAAGAGGAGAAAGGUCGUUCGACGAGGUACCACUUGCAGAGUGAAGGACUCUUCUGCCUCUGCCACUGUGUCUGAGACUGCUUCCGCCACCAGCACCGCCGCCGAGACUUAUGCUGCCAGCGCUGUUUCCGACGUCGAGUCUUCCUCCGACGCCGCUGUCCCUACCGACUCUGCCGUCGAGUCUGCCACCGAGUCUGCCACCGAGUCCGCCACCUCUGUCGAGUCCCCUGCUGCUGCCGAGACCGCUUCUACCACCGCCGCUGCCUCUUCCAGCGUCGCCGCCGUCGCCGCCUAUGAAGUCUCUUCCGACUCCUCCACCUCGGCCUCUUCUACUUCUUCGGCUUCUACCUCGACCUCUACCAGCGCCUACACCCCUAACAACAUCAAGGCUGGUAUUGCCGGUGGUGAUGCUUACAGCAUGAUUGGUGACCACAUCGGUUGGUGGUACGACUGGAACGCCGUGCCCUCUGGCCACACUGGCUCUGCUGCUAUCGGCGUCAACAUGCUCUGGGGCGCUGGUACCGUCGACGACACCGACGCUUCUCGACUCGCCGCUUUCCAGGGCAUCACCGAUACUCCUGCCUACAUUAUCGGUUUCGAGGAGCCCGACUGCUCUACUGACGGUUCCUCCAACAUUGCUGUUGCCGAUGCCGUCACCGUCUGGGAGAACAACAUUGCCCAGUGGAAGGGCAAGGGCUCUCUCCUCCUUUCUCCUUCCAUGUGCCACCAGGCCGCUGAGGAGUACAUCGGAUGGUUGAGCUCUUUCGAGUCUCAGAUCUCUACCGACUUUGACAUUCUCAACUUGCACAUCAACAAGAACAACAUGGACGGUGUCAAGGCCGACAUUGACUACUACUACAACAACUUUGGCCAGAAGCCCAUCUGGGUUACCGAGUUUGCUUGUGUCGACGACUCUACCGACUUUGUCCCCUGUACCGACCAGUCCGAGAUCAACACCUUCAUCCAGGACAUUGUCGACCUCUUCCAGGCCGAUGACCGAAUCUACGCUUACGCGUACUCUACCGGUGAAGGUCUCUCUGACGAGUGGGCUUUGGUCUCUAACGGUGUUCUUACUGAGUCUGGUCAGACUUACACCACCGCCCUUGCCAAGUACCACUAA